UCUCCACCGACACCGGGGCAAUCCGCUCCCGCUCGCCAUCACACACUCGGACACCCUCUGCCCGUAAUACUGCAUCUCAUCGCGCCUUUCCCAGGAGGAGCCCAGACUGGAGCGGGGCUCUGCGGAGGCCCUUCGCCGGGCAUCAUUGGAGCGACGCCGGCUCCUUACCGGGCUUCCUCCCUCUGACACGCCGCGUCCUCCAGGAUGGAACAGGACUCCGCUUCGGGUACUACAUUUCAUCUGUAGGAAUUUAUUUUGUGUGUGUGUGGUUUUUUUUUUUUUGGGAUUGGAAAGGAACGAUCUCUCUCUCUAUGUCGAGGGGUAAAAAGAAUCGAAUGAAGGGACGGCGGUUUCGGACGACCUAAGCCGCCGGGGGCUCAUUUCUGCAGAUUUCAGCAUCAGCACGACUCGAGCGACGGGGGGACGGAGCGACUCAUUGCUCAUUCUGAACACAGCCGCCCGACAGCAUGGACGGAAAAGCACGGAAGAGGUCUUUUCCGAGGCGCGACAAACUCUGCACUCGCUCUUCCCGCCUGCCCAACUCAUCGGGACAGUAGGAGAGCCCGAUCGGAGAGCCGUUUGACAAGGAGGGGAGGACCCGGCCGUCGCCGCCGCCGCCGCCGCUGCUGGGAAAUGACUUUGACGCUGCGGGGGAUCAUGAUGUGAGGAAAGAGCGGAACUGCGUGCGCCGUUUGGACACAAAGAAAGACGCUGCCUGGAAUGCGAGAGCUGCGAGCCUCUCAAUCGCACCUCACGUCCUCGCUAAAGCCCGUGGGCCCUUCUUGCUCGAGCUCAGAGCGCACAGGCUCCAUCUCAGCUCUGCGUGCGUGUGUCACACGCACACGCGGGACUGCGUAUCGCUCCGCCUCGCCUGGCAGGUGCCGCUGACCCCGCUCCGCGACCGACUCGCCCCUCGAUGAAUCGCCGUUCCUGCAGACGCGACUAGUUCAUCCGCAGCGUGGACCUGCCCUCUCGCUCUUUCGAGCUGCACGCAACGAGGCCCACGCCGACAAUGACUUGACAUGUUCGCAAACUGGCCGCACUCCAGCCUUCCUCGGGCACCUCUUCCUCGUCCAUAGCCCGGGUAACGAGGUGACAAUAACGUCGUAAGCGACGCUGGGUGUUACGUUCGGAGAAGGAGAGGGGGCGGAGCUUUUGCUGGACGUUCGUGCUGACGCGCCGGGAUUUCUACGUGUGCUCGGCGAUUCGCCCCGCCCAUCCCGCGCUCACAACGAUGGGUAGGAAGCGGUGUGUCGGUGCCGAUUGUUCCAAGAUGGCGGCCGGGUGCUGCGGGGUGAAGAAGCAGAAGCUGUCGGGGUCCCCCGGGUCAGGGGGUCCCGGCGGAGGGGGCAGCGCGGUACCUGGGACGGGACACUGCGGAUCGGACUUGGGGAUUGGUUCCUCCUCCGCUGUUCCGGCGGGAAGUGUGAAUCGGGCGAAUGGCCUGGGGGGUCCGGGGAGUAGCAGUAGUAGCAACAGCAGCGCGAUGUCCCCAACUCCGGGAGGCUACGGCACCACCGGCCUCUCCCCCAAUCUCAGCCCCGGACUCGGCGGCGGGAGGAGGAUGGUGGUGUCGGCUGAGAUGUGCUGCUUCUGUUUCGACGUGCUUUAUUGCCAUCUUUAUGGAUACCAGCCACCCCGAACACCCAGGUUUACAAACGACCCUUACCCACUAUUCGUCACUUGGAAGAUAGGGCGAGACAAGCGGUUGAGGGGCUGUAUAGGUACAUUUUCUGCCAUGAACCUGCACUCAGGACUCAGGGAGUACACCCUCACCAGUGCCCUUAAAGACAGCCGCUUCCCCCCAAUGACCAGGGAGGAGCUGCCGCGGCUCUUCUGCUCUGUGUCUCUGCUCACUAACUUCGAGGACGUUGGCGAUUACCUAGACUGGGAGGUGGGUGUACAUGGCAUUAGGAUAGAAUUUAUCAGUGAGAAAGGAUCAAAGCGCACUGCUACCUACCUUCCGGAGGUUGCGAAGGAGCAAGGAUGGGACCAUAUUCAGACCAUAGACUCCUUACUGCGGAAGGGAGGCUACAAAGCUCCCAUCACAAAUGACUUUAGGAAGACCAUUAAAUUGACCAGGUAUCAUAGUGAGAAGAUGACAAUGAGCUACGCAGAGUACAUUGCCCACCGCCAGCAUCAUCACUACCAGAACGGCAUGGGGCACCCCCUUCCGCCCUACAACCAUUAUUCCUGACACCGAGCCGCACGACCAGUCGCUGGACCUCUCUGCCGAUCUCGUUCCCGGGGAACCUGCUGCUUCCUGGUCCAACUACAUCUACUACUGUACCAUUUUAUGAUGAUUGUUUCCGUUGCCAUGUCUUAUUUUCCAAACACCAGCAUGGCAACGGAUGACAAUAGCCUCAUUAUUAUUAUUAUUAUUAUUAUUAUUAUUAUUAUUGUUAUUACUAUUAUUUAUUUGACAGUUGUUAAGGUGUAUCUUUUUAGAAUUCUUUUUGUUACUCAUUUCUUACUGCUCUAUCAUUCCUUUUAUGUCACUAAUCUACUUUUGUUUUGAUUUCCUUACUUUGCAGUUUGUUUCAUCAACCCAACUCGGGUUUGUUUUGUCCGCGUGUGGAAGGGACUCAUUUUUGGGUUCUAACCGGUAUAGUUGCAAUCUAAUAUUCUUGCACAUAUUUCUUGUAAUUGUACGGAAGGAUCUACAGCGGAGCAUGUAUUUCUGAAGGAAAGGUGGAUGUUUUCCGGCGCUCCGGAAAAUGGUCGAACUGACAGCUGUUUUUGUGCAAUUCACAUGUUCUUGAAGCGAGUUCGUGAGACAUGUUGUAAUUUAUUGUACAACAGGCGAGGACUGUGGUGUCAACCAGCGUACUGCACAUGUUGGUUGGCAAAUGGAACCAGCUGAUCAGAUCCGUUGUUGGCUGCUAUGUACUAACUGAACAGUUAGAAAAUAUGUUUUUACAGUGUAUUUUGAGGCAGUUUAUUUCUCCCAGCCCGGGUGUCUUUGAUACCGUAUACAGCUUUUUGGCAAUCAGUCUAGGUUUUUUUUUUUUUUUUUAAAUUUCCUGAACCCUUCACCUAUUUGCAGUGAUUUAUGGAACAUUUGAACUGCAAGUCUGAAAAUUAUUCUGUACCCCUCUCUAAAAAGGGUAGUUAAGAUUCUUGGUGUCUGUGUGCUGGUGAAGUCACCAGAGCGCAUAUAAUUCCCGAGUGACCGAGAAGGCCUCUUGGUCCUGCCUAAUGUUUACCGGGCGUGUGAGCGGUCUGUGACGUGACGUGACGCGACGCGAGGCAAUGCGAUCGCUCAUGCCGGGCGCUACCUGAGAUCACUUGUGUUGACCAGACGGUUGUGCUUCCGCCUCGAGGUUUUAGAUCGGGGAUGCGGCUAGAAAAAUCGAGGCCGUGCGAUAAAUAAUGGGCAAAAUACCUGUUUUAUUUAUCUUGGUGAAACCGGACUUCGCUGCCUAGGACGGCGUUCUGCGUGUUUCGCUGAGCAUGCGAGCGUUGGCUAGGAACAGUUCCGUUACUUCCCUGCUUUGCGGUAAGCCUUUCGUUUUAAUUUCCUCUCCAGAACGGCGCAGGGACGUUACAAACUACUGAGAUAAAGCCAUAGUCACUAACAGUCCUGAUAUCUUGUCUGCCCUCAGCUGACCUGUGUUUUUGUUCCCCUAGACAUGUUGCUGCUUCUAGUUGCUUGUGGUCUGACAUGCUCUGAUAGGGCCCCUGAAAUGUAGGGUUUUGGGGUGUGUGUGUGUGUGUGUGUGUGUGUGUGUGUGUGUGUGUGUGUGUGGGAGAAGGGCUGGAGCAGCACUACUGGUGAAGGAGACAAGCCCUUCAUGAGAGGAGCACAGUCAAGAACACACGGUUCACUAGAGCUCUCCGGUGUGGCUCACAUGAGUAUGCAGAUCGCUGUUGUUCCCGUUUCCAAAAACCGAUCAUCAAAACCAGCACGACUGACAGCUUUCUUGGGUAAACUACGUUCAUUCUUUCGGCAUCUGUUUUUAAAAGGAAAAUACCUGGAAUACUUAAUGUGUGAAAACGCGUUCCUCAUAGCUUCUGCAUCUCAACCCAAGACCGGAUCAUUUAAGGGCUUUUAAUAUUCCAUCCGCAGCAACCAGCGGAGUCCUCUUUUAGACCGAACGACGUGCUCUUUUUCAGUUGCUCCGCCUUAAGAGACGCCCGGUAAAAUGCGCAACGCAGUUUGUCGCACGUGAUGCGUUCCAAUGUGUUUCCACGCUGGAAGGCUACCUGCGAAGUCGGCUUCUCUCGGUGACGAGUGACGGCGGAAACGCGUUUGUAAAGGAUUCCUCGGCCCGCUGACGCCCGGCGAAAGCACACAGACUACUGAGGAGGUAGUAGCGCGUUACGUGGAGCAACCCGAACCGUAGGAUUUCACUGGACUUCACCUGAAAUGAGUGUGUGAACAGGGAUGGACCUUUCUGCCACGGAUGUGCUUCUGUUCACUCCGCUCAUGGUGAUGCAUGCUUUGGGUCCAUGGGGGCCUACGUUAGUAGAGAGAAAUGGAUUUGAACCUCAGAUACUCCCAGAGGCAGGCGUUUUCUGCGUUUUCUACAUGGCUUGUCUUCGUUCUCACCACCGCGUAAUUUUUGCCGUUUGUUAAUUGCCAGGCUGCAAGAACUGACAAUCGAACUUCGGGAUGCGCUCGUCGCUCGUUCGUUCGUCAUUUCAGACGUCGCUCAAGCUCAGCUGUGAUGUUCUGCCUGCUGAGUGUAGCAGGUGGAGUUUGAAACUGUCAAAGCGUCACGUCGGGGCGGAAAAUACCGCCCGCUCUAGGGUCGCAAACAUUUUCAGGCCAAAAACCACAUAAAUUUUCCUCCUUUUGGUUUUAUUAGCGUUACUCUUAUUAGUGGGACUAUUCAUUUCCCCCGAGAAAGGAAGGUAGGGCAUCCGUACUCUGUUUUGUGGUUCACUUUUCAAAUGGCGCACAAUUGUGUGUAUGUUUUCUGCUGCAGAACUAAAGUCUGUUACGGAGAUUUUUAUGUGUAGUAUUAUACCCUCUGGACACUAUAUAUGUUCCCGAUGAAUGUUUUGGGCACAUGUAUACAAAUGACUUGUUAUUUCUACUGCUAAAGAUUAUAGAAAUAUAAUCUUCAAAAUGGUGCUAAUGAACCUCGCGUAGGAGAGGUUACAUGACCUGGUCAUGCGGACUUUUUAAUCAUAUCAGAGUAUCUUUCUUGAUAUAUGCAGAUCUGUUUUGUAAUUUUUUUUUUUUUUUUUUUUUUCCCCCUUCCUCCUCUCCCUCUUUUCUUUUCCCUCCUGUGUAGUUAGUAUCUAAUAAUAUCCUGCAGGUUGGAAUGGACAAGGAUAUGUGACAUACUCCCCAACCCAGCCCUCUUCACUGCUGGACUCGAAUUAUAACACUAUGUUGUUAAGUGUUUUAUCCGACCAUCUGAAAUGAGGACCUUGAAUCUUUGUAACGAACGCCUUUUAUGAGACAAUUAAGAACAGAAUUAAGAAAUAACCACAAGGGAAGGCACUGGGCAGAGGGGAGGGUGGCUAGACUUGUGAGCCACUUGCAGUGCAACAGGGCUUGAACAUAGACCUCAACGUCUCUUCGCAGCCCUGUGGACGGCGCGUGCGGUGGCGUUUCGGUAACGGUGCGAGAUCGCGCCCAAGUGCUCUUCUUUGGCGCUCGGCAGCCUCCAAGGGCUUCCGCGUUCGCCCGUUACCACUUCUCCUGUAAUUCGCCAAAAAGCAGAAUGUUGAGCUAAGGCAUGCUUCUGGUGUGAACCAUCUAUUUUGAUAUUGUCGACUUUUUUUUUGAACAAUUAUGCAAGUCUUGCCUUCGUCACAGUGCGUCUUGUUUCGUGAAAACGUGUAGAGUCUCCUAGUCGAUAUUUAAGUGGACUUGUGAGGGUUUUGAACGAACUGAACAAAGACCUCUGUGGUGUUGGGAGAUUUUACACCUACUGCCCCACUCAUUAUCCCACCAGAUACUACAGUUUGCCGUCAGGUGUCAGCAAGACCCAGAGAGUCCCUUCUUUUUAAUAUUGGAUGAACCCCAGCAGUAUGAUUAUUUCAUAUGUAGCCUCACAUUGUGAGCCUCCCUACACAUUCCAAAUGUGUGUGUGUGUAUGUACAUAUUUACUAUUUAUAAGGCCUGUCUGUGUGCGCAUCAGAAAUCUUAACACAAGCUUGAGAUUCGCUACAGUAGAAAAUGAGGCAGCAGAAAUGCGCACAGCUUUGGGUCGGAGUGAGUGUCACAUUCCUUCGGAGUGCGGUGUGGACAGUCCUGUAAGAGGGCGGAGGCUUUGUGCCACCCCCCCCAGUUUGGCUCAGAUAAAAAUGUAAAACAUUUCACUUGUGUAUUCCACUUAACUGUUAUGCCCUUGGGCUUCUCAUACGUUUGUGUGUUCGAAGGAACCAAAGAUGCCUCCAGCCUUGUUCAAAUGCUGCUCCCAUCCCACCCCAUCCCCUCACCUCAGCCCCUAAGUCUGCCUUCCUCUGUCCUUCCAGAAGCACACCUGCAGGAGAAACCUUUCUUUUUGUAAGCUGACUUCCAUAAACAUUAGAAUUUUUUUUUCUGUUAAUAAAUUCAUGUCAAAGACCUGUUGUUGUAGUCUGAGAAACCUCAUAGCACUUCAGAUGGUUGAAGAACUGGCUGUAUGUCCUUUUUUUUUUUUUUUUUUUUUCCCCUAGUUUGUCAUUCUUUAAUGCCCCAUAGUGUGCCUCUGAGAUCUAUGGGUUUCUUAAUGUUUUUCCUAAUGACCAGCAGUGAUAUUUUAUGUAAAGUGAUGCAUUUAUUUUUUUUUUUUUUUUUUUUUUUUGUGUAUAUGAAGCCUUGUUUCAUUACUCUUGACCCAGUAGCUUCACUGGCAAACAAUCGCACUGAUAGUUACAAUAAGUAAUGGAAACAAGACUUACAAUAAAUGUUUGAACCUUUUGUAUAAAAAAAAAUAAAAAUAAAAAAAAGGGGGGGGGAGAGACAUUUUCUACAUAAAAGUUUAUUCUUUUCAAAGAAAAUUUUUGAUCUAGUUUGUAAAUUAUUUUAAUGCUUUUCUAAGUUCUGAAACAAUGUGUUGGAAUGCUUCCAGCUAUGUCAUGAGCUGGGGAUUAGAUGGGCUUAAUGGUUACCUGGUGUAGCCCAAAGUGCUCAUCUUUUUUAAUUUUUUUUUUUUUGUUUCCUUUAUCUGCUUAGUUCUUUGCAACAGAUUGAGCAAACAAAUGGACAAAUAAGAAUACAUUACCCUGUAGAAAUAGAUUAUUCAUUUUGGAACUCGGAAUGGACAUUUCAAUGUGAUAAUUUUAAAAAUGAAAAGAAAAAAAGGAGGUAUAUCCUUCCAUAUGGAUGACUUGUCUGUGGAUAUGUGACUUAUGGCUGUGGAAAUGCUAUUGUAGUUUCAAACACUAUUGUUAUUGCAUUUUUAAAUCAUUUACCCAAUAAAAGUUUAAGUUAAAGCCAAU